AUGCCAAAAAAAAGAUUUAAUAAUGCAAAUUACAAUAGUAUCGACGAUGAUAGCAAUAGCCCCUUAAAGCCUUCAGACUUUCUACCAUCUAAAACACGCAAUUUAACUCUAAUGUCGACAUUAUCUUCGGAAAUCAGAUUAGAAAAAAAUUUAAUAUUUAUAGGGGAUGUUCAUGGUUCAUUAGACGAGUUGAAAUCAUUAAUUAAAGUCUUGAAUUAUAAUCCUAAUUCGGAUCAUUUGAUAUUUGUUGGUGAUUUAAUAAUUAAAGGACCAAAGUCAAUUGAGGUGUUGAGGUAUCUCCAACCGAUGGGUGUUAGUGUUGUUAGAGGAAAUCAUGAAGAUAAAGUGUUAAGAUGGAAACAAUUUUUAGAUGAUUUGAAGAUUGAGGAAGAAGACGAAGAAGUUGUGGAUAAAAGAUUAAAAGAAUAUUUUCAAGAAAAAAAUUUACCAAUUGACGAAGAAAUUAUAUUUAAAUCAGAACACAAAUUAGUAGCAACGAAACUUGAUAGGAAAUUACAUGAUUAUAUAUUAUCUUUUCCAAUUAUUUAUGAUAUUCCUAAUCUUGAUGUUUACGUUGUACAUGGAGGUUUGUUACCAGAAAAAUCUUUAUGGGAUCAAAAUCCAUUCGAUAUAAUGAACAUGGAAGGAGUUCCGUGGUCAGGAAUUUGGAACAAGGUACAAAAAGAAUCUAUAAAUCCUAAAUAUAUAAUUUAUGGGCAUGUCGCGUCAAGAGGUUUAGAUAUUAAAAAGUAUAGCUUCGGAUUGGAUUCAGGAUGUGUCAAGGGUAGAAUGCUGACAGCUUUGAAGUGGAAUAAGAAUGGUGAGAAAGAAGAAAAAAAUAUCAAUGCAAUAAAUUUGGGUAUUAAACCAACAAUUAGGUUUAACAUAAGAAUAUUCAACUAG